GCACUCCUUAUUUCUUCUCUACGUCUGCAGUGGUGCUGAGGAUCUCGUGCGCAUUUCCACGUUCUCCUUACCAUUUUCACUGCAGUGUCGUGCCUUUGCGACCCACACCCACCCGCACAAAUCCGGGAGCGCUGACAGCAAAGCAAUCUGCCGCCUAACUCGCUGUUUUUUGAAGUUUUGGGAAACUCGCACUUACGCCCACACAAGACGCUCGCUGCGAGGUAGCGUACAUCCUUCUCGCACGAUCCCGUCGUUUCUCGCGUGUACACGAAAGCGCUGGCCUUGAAGCACGUGGAGCUGCUACUUCUUUUUUUCUUUAUGUGUUACUUUGGUGCUGUGUAUCAGUAAAAGUAGAAGAUAAAACCCCUCAGGCACAAUGUCGCAAUUAGACCAACAUCACCCGCAACAGGAAGAGAAGCCGUCGCAGCCGCAGCCGCAGCCGUCGACAGUGCUGGAGACCGUGGGAGUACUCUACUCCAACAUGGAGCACGUCUCCUCCGCAGCGCGCCGGCUGAUGGAGCGCUACAUCAGCGGCGACGGCGUCAUCGUCGGCUGGGGCUUCUGCCGCAACGGCGAGCUCGGUACCAAUUUCCGCUACAACCUCAUCACCCCCAUGAUGAUCGGCGGACACGACAAGCCCAUCCGCAUGGCCUGCAGUGGACUGUCCUCUGUGUGGCUCGGUAUUCGUAACAUCUUAAUGUCCAUGGGCGGUGGUAUGUGGGGUGAGCUGGGCGUCGGCAAUCCCCGCUUCUGCCCACGCGUGAUUGCGAACGAGGCGAGCAUGCCCAUCUGCCCUGGGCAGGUGGAUGUGGCGCCGUUUACGAACGACGACGUCGUCGUGGAUGUGACGUCCGGCUCGGCCUACUACGCGUGUGUGUCGCUGAGGGGCAACGUCUUCACUUGGGGUGCGAAUAAUUGUGGUCAGUGCCACUUUGAUCUGGAAAACACCUGCUGCUGCUACGGGCAGAAGCGCUCCGUCGACGGCGAGAAGAUCGUCGAGGCUGCGUGCAGCAACUUUAGCAUGCUCGUGCGGACCAUGUCCGGCCGCGUCUACGGCUGGGGCGACGCGACGCUGUUAGGCGAUCGCGCCAGCGUAGAGAAGCAGCUCGAAGCAAAGGGGAUGCAUCUAAUCCCGCAAAAGAACUCCGACAAGCGCAGCAUCGCCACGCUGCCCAUCCACCUCGAGAGCCUCGAUGACAAGAACAUCACGGUGCUGACGGCGGGUCCCUGGCACUACGCAGCCGUGUCGGCGGAUGGCUCGGUGUACACCUGGGGCCUCGGCAACAACGCGCGGCUCGGCCACGGCGACCACGAUGACCGGUACAUGCCACAGCUAGUGGAGGCUAUGGCCGGCACGCGUGUGGUGGACGUGGCGUGCGGGUCGUUCCACACCAUCUUCAUCACCGACACCGGCGACGCCUACGCCUGCGGUGACAAUCAGGGUGGUCAGUGCGGCGUAGUCGGCGAUUACGCCGUGACGCGGCCGACAAAGAUGCAUAUCCUCGGCAAUCGCCGCGUCGUGCACGCCAGCUGCGGGCGGAUGCACACGACACUGCUCCUCGGCAACGGCGACGCCGUCGUGUACGGGUCAGGACUUGGACUGGGCGUUGGGGUGGGCUACGGCAUGCGCAUGGUGCGAUGUCAGUCGGUUUUAGAAAACUACACCGUUCUUUGGACCAAGAGCGGGCCGACGCACGGACUCGCGUUGACGAUCCCGAAGAGCACGACGAUGUUCGUCCUCGGCACGCCCCACCGCGGUGUCCCGGUGGCGCUGAGUGCCAUUUGGCUAAAAGAAGGCAUUUUGUCCUGCGGCGUCGGCGCGGGCUUCACCCUUAUGGUGAGCCGGCGUGGCAGCUGCUACGCCUUUGGUAUUGGCGGCUGGGGCCAGCUCGGCUUCGACACGGCUCAGGCGAAGGUGUUCACGCAGGACCGGGUGCCGGUGUACCCCCAGGCGACCCGCAUCGGCUUCUUCUCCCGCACCAUCAUCACCGCCGUCGCCGCCGGCUUUUCGUUUUCGAUGGCAAUCACCGAGAGCGAUCGGGUCUUCUCGUGGGGCAACAACAGUUUCGCGCAAUGCGGCCUCGGCAUUGACCCGAAGAAGUACCAGCGCAUCUCGCAGCCGCGCGAGAUUGCCUGGCUUGCCGACAAGGAGAUCAUCCAAGUGACGUGCGGUAGCUACUUCGCGCUGGCGCUGAGCGCGUCGGGCUACGUGUACAGCUGGGGCACGAUUGAGUGCUGCGGCGUCGGCCUGGAACCGGAUCCAGAGGUGGUGCCGUCGCACAUGAUUAUGCGCGAUUUUUCGAAGGAAACGCGCGGCGUGGUGUUGUCGCCGGUGCUGAUCGACGGGUUGAAGGGCAUCAUCCAAGUCGCCGCCGGCGGCUGGCACGGCAUGGCGCUGAACGCGAUUGGUGAAAUCUACGCGUGGGGCGUGGGCACCGGUGGCCGCCUCGGCAUGGGGGACUCGGAGCACCACUACACCCCCGUCCGCAUUGCCCACAGCGCCUUCUUUACCCGCAUCGGCUGUGGCUGCUACACGAGCUACGGCAUCGACGACAACGCGAGCUUGUACGUCUGGGGCGUGAAUGACCGCAAUCAGCUGGGGGUGUCGGGCAGCAAAGUCACGGCGCCGACACUGGUGCUGGAGGACGUGCGGGAGGCCUGCCUCGGCAAAUACUUCUCCCUCGCCCUGACACACCACAACACGUUCCACUUGUCGGGUGUCAUGGAGUUCGACACCACGUCCUAUACAAGCACGUCAUUUGCCGACACCGACAGCCUUCCAGAAAAGCUGAAGCCGGAAAGCAUCCAGGCAGAGCACUUCCGCGGGUUAAAGCUGUACGGUGGAUUAGAGCACGUCAUUGUGCUGCUAGAGAAGAACCCGAUCCCCGAGAACAUUAUGACGGAGGCGAUCAAAGGCAUGCGGGAGCAACCGGAGCAUCUCGUUCGCAAGUAUGCUGCCCAAGGUGUUUAG